GUUGAUGGUAAUGUAACAACAGUAAUACCAAUACAAAUAGGUACGAUACCUUGUUUAACUAAUUUAUUUCAACGAAAUUUGAGCGAAAAAGGAGAAAGUGAUGAUGGUAAUGAUGAAAAUAAUCGAGUAAACGGUAAUCUUAAAGUAUCAACACCAAUACUUCCAAAUAAUAAAGCAAAAAUACAGGUUACAAUAACAACAGAAAAUGGUCAAACAUUGGAUAAUACAAGUGAAACGGAUGAAUUAAGCCCAGAUAUGGAGUUGAUGUUGUUAUCCAAGAAACGUGUACGUAUACCAAGUUCAAUUCUAAGUGAACUUUAUCCUAAACUUCCAAAUCCAUAUUACAGACAAUCACUUUUCGGUGAAGUGGACAUAUCUGAAGAUCAAGAACAUGUACAAUAUGGUGAUACUAAAUUUGCUCCUAAAUAUCCAUUUUAUACAGAUUAA